UUCGAUCACAUCGGGCUGUGGUGUAAUGCUAUUCUAGUUUGAUAGACGAUUCACGAUUUCAACAAAUUAAGAGUCUGGGUCUAAACUCUUACGUCUCAAUAAUAGUUGGUGUUGGAAUUGGUGACUGCGAUUAAUAUUGUUGAUUGGUUGCGAUCCUGUUGCUGAAUUCUGAUCUCCCUCUCUCUGUCUUCUUUAUAUAUACAUAUAAAAGACAAAGCUUCAGCAGUAGGAGAAGAAGAAGUUUAAAUGGCUGAGGGAAUUGGUUAUGCCAUUUUGGGAAAAAUAGGAGAAAACUUGGUUGAUCCAAUUGGACGUCAAUUUGGUUAUCUGUUUUGCUUCAACGGAAACAUUCAGAAUCUUCAAACUCAACAUGAUGUCCUAAAAGCGACUAGAGAAGGGGUUCAGCUAGGGGUGAAUGAAGCACGCAAUAAUGUGAGAAUCGUUGAACCUCUCGUUGAGGCAUGGCUGAUUAAUGCAAAUAACAAAAUUGCAGAGGCAGAGACAACUAUUGAAUCGAAGGCCCCAGUUGAGAAGGGAUGUUUGAAAGGGUGGUGUUGGCCCCGUUACUCACUGAGUAGAAAAGCCGCGAAAAUAACUCAAGAUCUUGUCCAUCUUCAUACUGAGGGCAUCAAGUACACUCAGUUGUCCCACAGUCCACCACCACCAUCCAUCCAAUCUCUACCCUCGACAGGAUUCAAGGGGUUUGAGUCUCGAAAUUUGAUUGUGAAGCAAAUCAUCGAGGCUCUGAAGGAUGACGAGAUCAACUUGGUUGGGGUAUGCGGGAUGGGGGGAGUGGGCAAGACAACAAUGGUCAAACAUGUUGCCAAAGGAGUGGAAGAGGAGAAACUCUUUAAUGAAGUUGCAAUGGCAGUUGUCAGCCAAGAGCCAAAUUUGAAACAGGUUCAAAGUUGUAUUGCAGGCAUGUUGGGUCUCGAACUUCAUGACUGGGAGAGCCCGAUAGCAAGAGCAAGUCUCCUGCGCAAGAGACUUCUGCUAGACAAUAAGAAAAUUCUAGUCAUAUUGGAUGACAUUUGGGAAGAAUUUGAACUAGAGGAGUUGGGAUUUCCUUUGGAAGGAGGCAGCAACAAGAGUUGUAAGAUCCUUUUCACUUCACGAAAUCGAAAUCUAUGGAAAGGAAUACCAAAUAAAAGGUAUAUCCAACUUGAAGUCCUAGUGGGUGAAGAACCAUGGCAUCUUUUUAGAGAGAAGGUAGGCGAUUGUGCUGACAACCUUGAUCUGCUACCACUAGCAAAACAGAUUGUAAAUGAAUGUGGAGGUUUACCACUUGCCCUCGUAACUAUCGGAAGGGCUCUUACAAACGAAACCGACCAACAUCAUUGGAAUAAUGCGCUUGAACAACUAAGAACCCCCUGUUCAGAAAGUUUGUCGUCAGAAGUGCCUGCAACAGUGUAUCAAGCUCUAUAUUUUAGUUACAAUUUUCUAAAAGAUGAGAGAGCCAAGAAGUUGUUUCUGCUCUGUUGCUUGUUUCGAGAAGACGCUGAAAUUCGUAUUGAAGAAUUGGUUAGAUAUGGAAUCGGAUUGCGGUGGUUUGAAGGCAUCGACAAAGUGGAUGAAGUAAGAGAUCGAGUGCAUGUCUUAGUUGAUCAACUUAGAAGUUGUUAUUUAUUGUUGGAUGUUGAUCGCGAGCCACGAAUAGAGUUGCUAAUAAAAAUGCAUGAUGUAGUGCGCAAUGUCGCCAUAUCAAUUGCGGCUAAAGAUAAGCAUGGUUUUAUGAUAAUCCAUGGUGCCAAAUCGAGAAAGUGGCCAAAGAAGGCGACAUAUGAGCUUAACACUUCCAUUUCGGUGAUAUCAAAUAAAAUUGUAGACUUUCCAGGAGGAUUGAAAUGCUCAAAACUUGAGUUUUUAAAAAUACAAUGUUGGAAUAGUUCACUAAAAAUACCAAGCAAUUUUUUUGAGGGCAUGGGAGAACUCAAAGUUUUGGACCUGGCAAUCACGAAUGACAUCUCGUUAUUGCCGUCGUCACUGCAAUUCUUGAGCAACCUGUUGACAUUGCAUCUUGAUCAAUGUCAGAAGUUCAAUAAUAUAUCUGUAAUUGGAAAGCUAUUGAAUCUGGAAAUUCUCAGCUUUCGUGAUUCCUUCAUUGAGGAGUUACCUGAGGAAAUAGGAGGACUGGUUAAUUUAAAGUUGUUAGAUCUGACAAGAUGUGAUAAACUUAAAAGAAUAAUACCUGGGGUCAUAUCAGCCCUAGUCCAAUUACAAGAGUUGUACAUGGGUGGCUGCGAAAUCAUUUGGGAACGAGAAGGCAAGGAAGGAGGAGAAAAUGCGAGCUUAAGAGAGUUGGAAUCCUUGUCCAAUUUGAAUACUUUAGAGAUUAAUAUAAAAGAUGUCGUGUGUUUGCCAAGAAUCCCAUUGUUUAGCAAAUUGACAAAAUACUCAAUUUUGAUAGGUUAUGGAGCCAACCGCACUUUUGUUGAAAAAUACAUAACAAGGGUCCGAAAGCUUUUGAGUCUCAGACUUCGUGACACGUGUACUAUCCCGUUAGAAUGUGGUGGGAUCAAUUCGUUGUUAAGGAGUAGUGCAGUUGUAUGGUUAACAGGGGAGGGUUCGGAGGAUGCAGUGCAAGAGUUGUUUCGAGAGGGAGUUGAAGGACUCCAACACUUGAAGAACCUAGCAAUUGAAGAUUGUGCUACACCAGAAUGUUUUGUCAAUACAAUGGAAUGGGUCCCGCGUACACCUAAUGCUAUUCCUCCUAUUUUUCCUAUCUUGGAGAAAUUGGAGCUCAAUGAUUUACCCAAUUUAAGAAAGAUAUGUCACUGCCAAUUUCCAACCGGCUCUUUUGGAAAACUAGAACGUCUUGAAAUCAAGAAUUGUGAUAGAAUGGAAGAAGUUAUUUUGAAGGAAAAAGGACAAGAUGAUGCAACAAACAAGAUGGAGUUUCCCGCGUUAGAAUCCAUGACUUUGUUCAAUCUACCAAUGCUCAUUGGUUUUUGCAGAGGGAUUGACGAGAUUGAGUUCCCUCAAUUGAAGAAAUUGAGUCUUGAGAAUCUACCACAACUCAAGUGGCUCUUCCUCAAUAGCAGUAAUCCGUUUUCAGAGUCAAUGGAAAACCACAAUGCUACCUUCCUAUCUCUUUUCCCCCACAAGGUUGCAUUCCCUAGCUUGGAGGAAUUGGUACUCCAUGGACUUCAGAACAUGAAUGAAAUAUGGUGCAAUCAACUUCAAACCGGCUCGUUCAACAAACUAAUUACACUGUUUGUCUCAAAUUGUGGCAGUUUGAGAAAUAUGUUCUCUCCUUUUAUGGCUAGACAUCUUGUGCAUCUAAAAAGGCUAGCCGUAAUUAAAUGCUCGAUGAUGGAAGAAGUAGUUGCAAAUGAGGAAGAUGGAGGAAGGAUAAACAGAACACCAUUGCCCAAAUUGGAGUAUUUGGUACUCAAAGAUCUACCAGAGCUCAAGAGUUUUUGCCACGUUACUCACGAUUGGGAUUUGCCAUUGGUAGAUGACGUCACUAUCCUUAAUUGCCCUAAAAUGAAGACCUUCUCUCCUGGAGUCAUAUGCACCCCAAAGUUGCAACGUGUAUUUGUGAAGGAGGGAAAGUACAAGUGGUCCCCAGGCAAAGAAGGAGAAGACUGGCUAUGGAUAAACGACCUCAAUCAAACCAUACUGCACCUAAUUGAAAAGCAACAACAAGAACAAUUGCAAAAGCAGCAACAAGAAGAAGAAGUGAUUUUAUUUGUUUAUUUUUUGUAUUCCUUUGUUGUAGCAACAAGAAGAACAAUUGCAUAAGCAGCAAUAGGAAGGAGAAAAUGAAGAAACUUAUGAGACUUCUGAUGAUAGUGAUGGGGAUGACUUGUUUUUUUUUUUCAAUUCAACAAAAAGUUUAGGAGGAGGGGAGGCUACCCCCACUCCAGGGCUAGGAAAAGCAUUACGCAAUAUCGCCCACCAACAAAGAACUGCCGUCAGCGGGACUCGAACCUAAGUCAAAUAGGCGAAGGGAACAAGCCUUACCAACAAUGACUUUUGAUGAUAGUAAUGAUGGCAAUGCUCAAUAUUGUGGUUAUUAAGCUCUCUGUACAUUCAAAAAAAAAUGUUCAUUAAAUUUUUUUGUUCUAUAUUAUUUUUCAAGCAAGAGAACAAUGUGUCUUGUGGCUUCUCUAAACCAGAAUUCCCAGUGUAUCAUCAUUCAUUUUCAUUUUGAUGAACGUGCUACGAUUUUUAUUUGCUUUCAUUACAUUGGUUAUACUGUUGAACUUUUAAAUUAAAAUUCUAUUUAUGAACACAUAAUUAUUUA